UUUUUAUAGUAUAUGCUCUUUUUGUCGGGUGCUAAUUAAUGAACUUGAUUUCCAUUCCCCAGACAGUUGGCUUCCCUUUCAAGAAGAAAGCUACUUGUUUAUUUUUCUCGGUACAAAUUUAGAGAUUUUUUACAUGUUUUGAUUUACUUCAUGAAGUAAAACUAUAUAAUUCAUGCCGUUUUAUUCAUAAAAAAAAGAAGUAACUAGAGUAUAUUUUAAGCAUUUUACUUGCAGACUGCUGCAUAUAUUGUACGUUCUGCUCUUGAAACUUGAAAAGUGAGAACUACUUUGAGUUUUGUGAGGACUCCAUAGCUUUGAUAUUUUUUUCCCUUUCUUCUUGCUUCAUUUUGGGUUCUAUAAAGAAAUACUAGAUGCUUGAAAAGACAGCAAGAGGGAGGAGAUUGAUCAGAACCCCAAAGUGCUGCAUCUCUCGUCAACCUAAAACAUGUCUUCUUCACCAUGGAUUACCUCCCUCUCUUGCUCAAGCUCUGUCAUUCAAUCCUCUGGGGAAGCAUCCCUUCCAUUGAUAUUUCAAUGGUUAAGGUUCAUAUUUCUCUCUCCUUGUCCUCAGAGAGCUCUGCUAUCUUCUGUUGAUAUUUUGUUCCUUCUUGUUCUCCUUGUGUUCCUGUGUCAGAAGCUCUUUUCUAGAUUCACCUUUAGUGGUCACUCCAGCUCUGACAUCGACAAGCCCCUUAUUGGAAACAACAGAGUUCAUAUUAUGACUACUAUCUGGUUUAAGCUCUCUUUGAUUGCAACUGCUCUGUUGGCUUUUGGUUAUACAGUUAUCUGCAUUCUAGCAUUAAGUGGAAGCACGCAAUUUCCAUGGAAGCUAGUUGCUGGGUUGUUUUGGUUAGUCCAAGCGAUAACUCAUGCAGCGAUUGCAAUCUUGAUCAUCCAUGAGAAGAGAUUCCAAGCUGUUACCCACCCAUUCUCUCUUCGAAUUUAUUGGGUCGCAAAUUUCAUCAUCAUUACUUUGUUUACGGCAUCUGGGAUCAUUCGUUUGGUUGCUCAAGAGACCAACCUCUUAGUGGAUGAUAUAGUUUCUGUAAUUUCUUUUCCUUUAUCGAUUCUUCUUCUUUCUGUGGCCAUCGAAGGAUCAACCGGGAUUACAGUAAAAAGAGAAACCGAACAAGUGAUAGACGAUGCAGAAACCAAAUUAUGUGAGACUCUUUCUGGUAAAUCCAACGUGAGUGCCUUCGCUACAGCUUCUCAUAUAUCUAAGGCCUUUUGGCUUUGGAUGAAUCCCCUGCUGAGCAAAGGCUACAAGUCUCCUCUCAAGUUAGCUGAUGUUCCAACUCUUUCACCGGAUCAUAGAGCAGAAAAAAUGUCUCUGCUUUUUGCUUCCAAUUGGCCUAAACCUCAUGAACAAUCUAAGCACCCUGUUAGGACAACAUUGUUGAGGUGCUUUCGGAAGGAAAUUGCCUUCACUGCUUCCCUUGCAAUUGUGCGGCUCUGUGUGAUGUAUGUUGGACCUAUUCUCAUCCAAAGUUUCGUGGAUUUUACUGCUGGGAAAAGAACCUCUCCGUAUGAAGGAUACUACCUUGUCCUGACACUCCUUGCUGCCAAAUUUGUUGAGGUCUUAAGUCUCCACCAAUUUAACUUCAACUCUCAGAAACUCGGAAUGCUUAUCAGGUCUACGCUCAUUACUUCUUUGUACAAGAAGGGCCUGAGAUUAUCCUGUUCUGCCCGUCAAGCUCAUGGUGUUGGACAAAUUGUGAAUUACAUGGCUGUUGAUGCCCAACAACUAUCUGAUAUGAUGCUACAGCUACAUUCUAUAUGGCUGAUGCCACUGCAAGUUGCUGUUGCAUUAGUGCUCUUGUACAAUGCACUUGGGGUUUCUGUGAUCGCUGCAUUAAUAGGAAUUAUUGGCGUUAUUGUCUUCGUGGUGUUUGGAACUCGAAGAAACAAUAGAUUCCAAUUCAAUGUGAUGAUAAAUCGUGACUCUAGAAUGAAAGCAACAAACGAGAUGCUUAAUUAUAUGCGUGUGAUAAAGUUCCAGGCAUGGGAAGAACACUUUAACAAAAGGAUCCUAAAUUUUAGAGAAUCAGAAUUUGGAUGGCUUUCCAAGUUUAUGUACUCAGUCUCUGGAAACAUUAUUGUGAUGUGGUGUACUCCAUUACUGAUAUCAUCAGUCACAUUUGGUGUUGCUCUCCUGUUGGGUGUGCCACUUGAUGCAGGGACAGUAUUCACAACAACAUCUAUAUUUAAAAUCUUGCAAGAGCCCAUCAGGAAUUUUCCACAGUCUAUGAUUUCACUUUCACAGGCAAUGGUAUCUCUUGACAGGUUGGAUCGUUACAUGUUGAGUAAGGAAUUGGAGGAGAAAUCGGUGGAAAGAGUAGAGGGUUGUGAUGGGAGAAUUGCUGUGGAGAUCAAAGAUGCCUGUUUUAAUUGGGAUGACGAAAAUGACGAUCUAGUUUUGAAAAAGAUAAAUUUGGAAAUCAAGAAAGGGGAACUUACUUCUAUUGUUGGGACUGUGGGAUCCGGGAAGUCCUCUCUUCUUGCCUCGAUUCUCGGUGAGAUGCACAAAAUUUCAGGAAAGGUCACGGUAUGUGGAACAACGGCCUAUGUUGCUCAAACCUCAUGGAUUCAAAAUGGAACCAUUCAAGAGAAUAUCUUAUUUGGUUUGCCAAUGGACAAGGAAAAAUACAAUGAAGUCAUAAGGGUUUGUUGCUUGGAGAAAGACUUGGAAAUGAUGGAUUAUGGAGAUCGAACUGAGAUUGGAGAGCGUGGCAUUAACCUCAGUGGUGGGCAGAAGCAGCGGAUACAACUUGCCAGGGCUGUCUAUCAGGACUGUGAUAUCUAUCUUCUUGAUGAUGUUUUCAGCGCUGUUGAUGCACAUACAGGAUCAGAUAUAUUUAAGGAGUGUGUCCGAGGAGCAUUGAAGGGCAAGACUAUUUUACUUGUGACCCACCAAGUUGACUUCUUGCAUAAUGUCGAUCUUAUCAUGGUCAUGCGUGAUGGAAUGAUAGUACAGGCAGGAAAGUAUAAUGAUCUAAUGGAGUCUGGCAUGGAUUUUGGAGCUCUAGUGGCUGCCCAUGAAACUGCUAUGGAACUUGUAGAAGAAGCUGGAGCCACAAUUCCUGGUGAAAGUUCUCCCAAUCCACCGAAGUCUCCUCAGGCCCCCUCCAGUGUUGGAGAAUCCAAUAGUGAAAACAAACACUUAGAUCAACCUAAGUCAGAUAAGGGGACGUCGAAACUCAUUGAAGAAGAAGAAAGAGAGACUGGUAAAGUGGGCCUGCAUGUGUACAAGCAAUACUGUACUGCAGCUUUUGGGUGGUGGGGUAUUGUAGCAGUAUUGUUCUUGUCCAUAAUAUGGCAAGCAUCUCUAAUGGCUGGUGAUUAUUGGUUGGCAUAUGAAACUUCAGAAGAACGGUCUAGAGUUUUCGAUCCUUCUCUGUUCAUUUCUAUCUAUACAAUUAUUGCAGCUGUUUCGGUGGUGCUGUUAACAGUGAGAUCAUUUUUCGUUACAAUCAUGGGGCUUCAGACAGCUCAAAUCUUCUUUACGGGUAUUCUUAACAGCAUCUUGCAUGCACCCAUGUCAUUUUUCGAUACCACGCCAUCAGGAAGAAUAUUAAGCCGGGCAUCAACAGAUCAAUCCAAUGUUGAUCUUUUCAUUCCCUUGAUUUUGGGCGUUACAGUUGCCAUGUACAUCACACUGCUCAGCAUCAUUAUUAUUACAUGUCAAUAUGCCUGGCCAACAGUUAUCUUAUUAAUUCCACUUUGCUGGCUGAACAUCUGGUACAGGGGAUAUUUUCUUGCAACAUCUCGAGAAUUAACUCGCCUUGACUCAAUCACCAAAGCUCCCAUUAUCCAUCAUUUCUCAGAAAGCAUCUCAGGAGUUAUGACAAUUCGCUCUUACAAUAAGCAGGAGAGUUUCUGUAAGGAAAAUGUUAACAGAGUUAAUGCCAACUUGCGUAUGGAUUUUCACAAUAAUGGAUCGAAUGAAUGGUUGGGCUUUCGUUUGGAACUCAUAGGAAGCUUCAUCCUCUGCUUGUCUGCUUUGUUCUUGACUGUGUUGCCCAGCAGUAUUAUAAGGCCAGAAAAUGUCGGUUUAUCUCUCUCCUAUGGAUUAUCCCUCAAUGGUGUGCUGUUCUGGGCCAUAUACAUGAGUUGCUUUGUGGAAAAUAGAAUGGUUUCUGUUGAGAGGAUUAAGCAAUUCACAAAUAUUCCAUCCGAAGCAGCAUGGAAAAUACAAGACCAGAUCCCUCCUCCAAGCUGGCCUGCCCAUGGCAAUGUUGAUCUGAAAGACUUGCAGGUUAAAUAUCGUCCAAACACUCCUCUGGUUCUGAAAGGGAUUACUCUUAGCUUUUAUGGAGGAGAGAAGAUUGGUAUUGUUGGACGUACAGGGAGUGGAAAAUCAACUUUGAUCCAAGUUUUCUUUAGGUUGGUGGAACCAACAGGAGGGAAAAUAAUCAUCGAUGGCAUAGACAUUUGUAGGCUAGGACUUCAUGAUCUUAGGUCUCGCUUUGGCAUAAUUCCCCAAGAACCUGUCCUUUUUGAAGGAACAGUGAGAAGCAACAUUGAUCCCAUUGGACAGCAUACAGAUGAAGACAUAUGGAAGAGUCUCGAACGCUGUCAACUAAAGGAUGUAGUGGCUGCAAAACCUGAGAAACUUGAUGCUCCUGUGGUUGACAAUGGCGAUAAUUGGAGUGUGGGUCAAAGACAGCUUCUCUGUCUAGGGAGAGUUAUGCUAAAGCGCAGUCGGCUGUUGUUUAUGGACGAGGCAACUGCUUCAGUUGAUUCAAAAACUGAUGGUGUAAUUCAGAAGAUUAUCCGGGAGGACUUUGCAGCCUGCACAAUCAUCAGCAUUGCUCACAGAAUACCCACAGUCAUGGACUGUGACAGGGUUUUAGUCAUAGAUGCCGGACGGGCAAAAGAAUUUGAUAAACCUUCUCGUUUACUUGAGAGGCCGUCACUCUUCGGAGCACUGGUUCAGGAAUACGCCAAUCGUUCAGCUGGAUUAUGACAAAGACCAGAUUUUAUUUUCCUACUGCUCAUCUUUUGAAGACCACAACUUGAUUUCUAGAAGAUAUCAGCUCCGCUAGUUUGGCAAAGAGCCUUCUCAUUUUGCCUAACUGUCUAAGGAGAGGACCCCUUUUUUUUUAGUAAUGAAAUGUACCAGAAAUUUGCAUCUAAGUAUUCAUCAAUUAGCAGAAUUGAUGGUUGUAAUUGAAAAUAUAUUAGCAUUUCUC